AUGGAGACUUCGCUUACGAGAUCAAAGGCCGCCGUCUCUGCUGUGAUCGUGGCCGCUUUGCUCACGGCCUGGCGCGUUUGGCAGGCGGGGAGCCGUCGGCGCCGCCGCCGCAGCUGGCGGACUACUGACAACACCGCCAGGGUGCUUCUCCUUACAGCUAGCGAUAACGGAAAGGUGCUUGACCUGCGAGAUGAGACCAGCUUCGGUAAAGCGCACAUCCGCGGGUCGCACAACAUUCCCGUGGGGUCUCUGUGGAAGGAAAACCGAUGGUACGAGCUUCCAGAGCAACACGAGCCGCUGGUCGUGCUCCUCCCGGAAGAGGGGGCCCCGUGGAAUGCUUUGACGAGCGAGGCUCUCGCGGAGGAGAUCACGGGGCGCAGGGCCGAGGGGGCCACCGCGACUCUCGUGUUCGACCAGGAGAUGCUAACGACGGCGAGGGAGAGCGGGCUCUUGCUUGAGGAGGGGGAGGAGGGGAGGGAGUCGUGGUCGGAGAAAGGUGGGACAGCAGCAGUGCUUGCGUCGAGGCCGUCGCAAUCGGCACCUUCGACCCUGUUCACCCCGUCCCCUUUCCUGACAAGAGCGGUGGCGGUGAUCGAGCCCCACUUGAGGCACGCGUGGCUCCCACUUACCUGCAUCGAUAUCGGCUGCGGAGCAGGGAGGGAUGCCGUCUGGUUGGCCAAGAGGGGCUGGCGGGUGACGGCGAUGGACUGCUGGAACCAGGCGCUGCAGAAGGCGGCCCAGCUAGCGCGAAGGAACGGCGUCUCAGAAAGGGUCGAAGUUUUGCGAGGGAAGGUGAAGCACACGGGCGAGAUACAUGUGUCGGUGCGGGCCGAGGAAGCUCGCGAUACGGCGGCGGCGGCGGCGGCGGCGAAGGAGGAGGCGGUUGAUGGCGGGGGCGGGGGCGGGGACGGGGGCGGGGACGGGGACGGAGCGGCGGGUGGUGCAGGUUCGGAGGGAGGAGAGCUGAUAAUCCGCCCUUCGACACCCGCGUCGGAGUAUGGCACGUACGCUCUCGUGGUGGCGAUACGAUUCUUAGAGCGCAGCGCUUUCGACACCCUUGUCAGGCUGGUGGACCCCCGCGGCGGUUACGUUCUUCUCUCGACGUUUAUUGAGGAGGAGAGAGAGACGCCGCGAGCAUUAGGCGGUGCCGUUGGUGGUAGCGCCGGGGGUGGCCCACGUAACGGGGAGAGAUCUCCCAGCUUACCUAGCAACCGCGGGGACAGGGAAGGGCUUGCUUUCACGGAUAGAAGGGACGGUAAGGCAGGGUGCGCCGCCGCUGCUGCUGAUGAUGAUGAGGGUGUCGCUGCCGCCGUGCCCACUGUCAGUGCGACGCCAGUAGUGGUGACGGCCGCGAUAGGGGGGCGGGGAGCAAGAGCGGGGGACCCAUCAGCAGAGGCGGAGGAGCGUCUGCUCAAGAGCGAUCUCCCGUUGGAAAGUUGCGACGCUCCCGCCGCCGGCGGCCGUCCAGUUCGGCCGGGCGCGGAGGGGGCGGGGAAAGAAGAACGCACACCUGUUGGCAAGGCGAGGAAGAAGAACAAGCCGGGGUCCCCCGCAGCGGCCCUCGAGGCCGCCGCCGCAGCCGCCACCCUGGCGCGGUGGCCGCACUCGUCGCCGAGGGACUACAAGAAAAUCCUCAGGAGGGGGGAGCUGGCGAGGUAUUUUGGGGACCGGCAUGGAUUCGAGGUGCUGGAGGAUAGCGUUGAGCGCCUACCCGACGGGAGGCCCGUGGCGUGCUUUCUGGCUCGGAGGAUGCCGCUUGUGGUGAGCUCUCCGAGCAACGCCUCCUCGAACGCCAACCUCUGGACGCCGCAGCGGCCGCCGCGGCAGCAGCUCCGGCGGCGGGGGUCGUGGUUGGCCCCGAGCUCGCCGGCCACGCCGCUGUCCUCUUCGUUGGGUCCCCGACCCGCGGUCUCGUUCCGAAGUUUACCGGGGCCACAGGCCUCCAACACCGCCUACAAAGACGGCGGCGGCGGCGGCGGCGGCGGCGGCGGCGAGGAAAAACAACACAACGACGACGAAGACGACGAAGACGGUGACGACUACGACUACGCCAACUACAACGCCAAUAGCAGCAAGAGGAGGAGCAGCAACAGGGGGUUGUCGCCCGCGGAUAGUUUUCGCAUCCAACACUCUUCGGCUCUCUUGAAGGACAGCGAACGGGAUGAUAACGACGAGGAGGAGGAUAAUGGCGGCGAUGAUGGUGAUGACCGGGUCGCGAGCGAUCGUUCCGCGAUGUGGGGCGGGUAUUGCGGAGUCGGUUCCGGGUCAAGACGGGACCUCACCCAGACUCGGGCCGCCUCUAUUCGACGGCGCAGCAGCAGAGCGGCAGCGUCGGGAGCCACCCCCGACAAAGGUGAAGAGAGUGGUGGGGUGUGAAGGGGCCGGGGUGUGCCAAGAGUUGGCUUCACGCAAGAAGCAGCUUUUAUGUGUCGUUCCGACACGUCACCCUAAGAAAAUCGGUAAAUUUACUACUACGAUUACCACGGGUUGUCCACCGCCGGUGCCUUGUUUCACGGGGGAUUCGUUGAAAAGAGUUGAGUGUGGCUGAGUUCGGCAGGGCUCGGAACGGCGAACAGAGGGGACGCAGAAGGCAACGGGGGGGUCGAACCUCGCUUGCUUUCCGGAUCGGUUCUGGGUGCUGCAUGGUUGAAAUUUGCAGGCGUAGAAGGAUGUGAUGCUUUUUUUACAGACACGUGUACAUAAAGAGCACACGAUGUUUGUGCCCGACGUUGCUGUUGCAGGCUUCCGUCGCCCUUGUGUGUGUCUUGCAUUCGGAUAACAAGAACGUUCCUGCUGUACUAGCUGUAACACCAUGUAAGACGUAUUUUUAAGUAUUUUAUCAAGAGCACGCUACAUAAUCCAAGCGGCGUAAGCUGGCUGCAAUUUGGUCCUGUACCACUCUCCCUUCUUCCCCUCGCU